CCUUCAUAACAUGCACGUUUCAAAUACAUUUGAUAACGAGGCGCUGGCUGAGCAAUGUGUUUUUGUUGCGUUUGAGACUGAAAUGAUUGGCUCGCGUAACGCUGUACGCUUGAACAGCGCGGCUAGCGCUCUUGCUAAUGUUGACAGAAUAACUGUCAUUUUAGUGCGAUCAAUUUGGUUAUGUUAAAUGGUGUAUUCUAGCAUUGUAAUAACUACGUAGCAAAUAUGGUUAUUGAUGGAAUAUCAGAGUAAUGUUAGUUAAACACCAGAAAAGUUUCCAUUGAACGAAGAAUACGUUCACCAGAUAACGUUACCAAACCUUUAGAGAAUUCUUGAACUGGCUUCAAGUUUCAGUCCAGAUACCCAGCAAAGUAAAGGGCGAUAUGCCACAUCAGCUACUGCUGCAGCUCAUGGAUCGAGUGGAUCAGGGAGGGACUGGGUGUAAACCGAGCCCAAUGGAUGGGAUUGGUUGAGAGACCACAAGCCCCCCAUUGUAGCCCCCUCCCCUUUUCAUCUGCUGUCAUGCGCCCCCUCCCACUGCCACUGCUGCACAGAAGAGCUGCAGACUCCUGUGGAGCCUACAGAACACAGGGGAAGCUUUUUAGAAGUGAAGUGAUGGAAUUGAUGGAGCCCAUGGCUUUGAGCACCUCAGUGGUCGGGCCGGAUGAGUUCAACCGCAACAUGCCGCGCAUCUGUGGUGUCUGCGGCGACAAGGCCACCGGCUUCCACUUCAACGCCAUGACCUGCGAGGGCUGCAAGGGCUUCUUCAGACGCAGCAUGAAGCGUAAGGCCAGUUUCACCUGCCCCUUCAACGGCAGCUGCUCCAUCACCAAGGACAACCGGCGCCACUGCCAGGCCUGCCGGCUCAAAUGCUGCGUGGACAUGGGUAUGAUGAAGGAGUUCAUCCUGACAGAUGAGGAGGUGCAGAGGAAGAAGGAUCUGAUCCAGAAGAGGAAGGAGGAGGAGGCGGCGCGGGAGGCCCUGAGACCAAGGCUGAAUGACGAGCAGAGCCAGGUCAUCGCAUCAUUGGUGGAGGCACACCACAAGACCUACGAUGACUCCUACUCCGACUUCACACGCUUCAGGCCCCCGGUGCGAGACGGUCCAGUAACACGCAGUGCCAGUCGUGCAGCCUCCCUUCACUCGCUGUCAGAUGCCUCCUCAGACUCCUUCAACCACUCACCAGAGUCGGUGGACACCAAGCUGAUGAAAUUCAGCAGUCUGUUGAUGAUGUACCAGGACAGUGCAGGCAGCCCGGACUCCGGUGAGGACGAUGGCUCCAAGCUCUCCAUGUUACCCCACCUGGCUGACCUGGUCAGUUACAGCAUCCAGAAGGUCAUUGGCUUCGCUAAGAUGAUCCCUGGCUUCAGAGGGCUGACUGCUGAAGACCAGAUCGCCCUGCUCAAGUCAAGUGCCAUCGAGAUCAUUAUGCUACGCUCCAACCAGUCUUUCAACAUGGAGGAUAUGUCCUGGAGCUGUGGUGGUAGCCCUGACUUUAAGUACUGCAUCACCGACGUCACCAAGGCGGGUCACACUCUGGACCUGUUGGAGCCGCUAGUGAAGUUCCAGGUGGGCCUGAAGAAACUCCAGCUCCAUGAGGAGGAACACGUGCUGCUCAUGGCCAUCUGCCUGCUGUCUCCAGAUCGUCCAGGGGUGCAGGACCACGCUAAGAUCGAGGAUCUCCAAUACAGUCUGUCGGAGGUGCUCCAGGCCUACAUCAGGGUGAACCACCCGGGAGGACGGCUGCUCUACGCCAGAAUGAUCCAGAAGCUGGCCGACCUGCGCAGCCUCAACGAGGAGCACUCCAAACAGUACCGCUCGCUGUCCUUCCAGCCCGAGCACAGCAUGCAGCUCACCCCGCUGGUGCUGGAGGUAUUUGGGAGCGAGGUGUCCUAGCAGCCACGCCGACCCCCACCACCACACCUCUGGUUGGAAGAUAUGAACAGACGAUCCCUCCCGUGAGGACCCCCGGGAGUUAAUUUGUUGAGUUGCUGGAUAGAGGGCUCAGCGAUGGGGGUGAUAAAAAGGUCUCUGAGGGGGAAUAGCGGAAUGGACCGGAAAGUCACACUGUCACAGAAAAGGUUUUGGGGGGUUAAUCAGGGUAUUAUGGGUAAAUAGAGGAGGAAGGGGCUUCGAUAAGGUUGUAAUUUCCCGUUCAUAAGAAAAAGGGAAUUUCAAACAGAAUGUAUUUAUAACUAAACUAUAAAUAUACAGUACCAGUCAAAAGUUUGGAUACACCUAUUCAUUCAAGGGUUUUUCUUUAUUUGUACUAUUUUCUACAUUGUAAAACAAUAGUGAAUACAUCAAAACCAUGAAAUAACACAUAUGAAUCAUGUACUAACCAAAAUAAUGUUAAACAAAUAAAAAAUCUAUUUUAUUCUUUAGAUUCUUCCAAGUAUUUGGGUGACCCUUUGCCUUGAUGACAGCUUUGCACACUCUUGGCAUUCUCUCAACCAGCGUCACCUGGAAUGCUUUUCCAGCAGUCUUGAAAGAGUUCCCACAUAUGCUGAGCACUUGUUGGCUG